UGUCAGCUGUCACCUCUCGUCCCCUCGUAUCGCCACUUAGCGCAUCUUAUCGCGUCUUGGCCCUUCUUAUCACCUCUCACCUGUUAUCUCUUUGCACCUCCGACUUCCUAUCAUCUCUUGCCACCUGUCCCCUGUCCCCUGGCGCCGCUCUCUUGCCGGAGCUCGAUCGUCGCUCGCUCGCUCGGUCCCUGCCCGGGCCAUGUCACUGUGCGGCGGCCGCGGGCUGCCCGGGCUGGCGGCCAUCUCCCCGCUGCCCUCGCCGGGCACGGCCCCGCUCACGCCGCUGGACAAGGGCGACCCGGCGGGCCCCGCCAGGCACCGGGACACCCCGAAGCGGGGCCACGGGGGGCUGCCCCUGCCGCGGCUGUGGCAUACGCUGUCCCCGCAGCCGGUGGCCUCGGACUGUCGCCGCGACUCGGUCUCUUGCCAGCCCCCGGAUGCAGGACUGGAGCCGGACUUCCCCACGCAGCAGAAGCCCGCGGCCGCACAGGAAAACUUCCAGAGAACGAUGCCGGCCUUUGGGAAAGCACUCAAAGAAAGGAAGCUCCUUCGGCAGAGGAUGCACUCGUUGCCGCCGUGGCAGCGGGACGGCAGCCGUGUCCUGAAGGACAUCUCGCAGCUGCAGGAGCGCAGGGACAGAGCGCGGCGGCGCCGGAGGGAGCCCGAGGAUGAGGCGGGCUUUGUGGCCAAGAAGCUGCGGAGGCCGGGCCAGUGGAGCCAUGGGGCCGCCAGGAGGGAGCCCCUUGCCAAGAGCCCCUGGGCCGCAUCAGAGCUGCUGGUGAGAGAGGCUGGAGGGCUCGGCAGGGCAGCAGCGAUGGGUGAUGCCGGGGCUGCCCGCCUGGGAGCUGCCGCUCCGAGCUCCCCGCGUGGCCUGGAGAGCUGCGGAGGUGGGAGAUGGACGGGCCGAGGGGUCACGUCUGCAAAGCUGGAAGGCACCGGGAGGUGGAUGGAGCUCGCGUAUGGGAUCCGUGCCUGCCUGCGGGUGGGAAGCAGCUGGCAGGACUUGUGCCCAUUUCACGAUCUCCUUUGCCUGUGCCCCAAGUCUCCCCAGCUGCUGCCCUGGCAGAGCGAUGCCACCGUGCCCCAGGGGAAGGAGAACCUGGUGACCACGCCAGUGAUGAGGAAGGAGGAGGCAAAGCUGCGUCCGGGGAAGCGCAGCCAGUGCCGGCAGCUGUCCCGCUCGCCCUCGGAGCCGGGCAGUGUCCCCAGGCCCGUCCUGAAGCGGGGACAGCCCUCGGACAGCGACAGCCCUGUCGAGGCCAAGCGGCAGAGGAGGGUGGCCGGCAGCCCUGGCCAGGAGGCGUCGGUGGAGCCGGGAGCGUGGCUGGAGCCUUCCCGGUCCGCCCGGCUUGAGGAGAUCGAGAACCUGCUGGCCAACGAUGACCAGGAGCUCAUCGGGGACUUCUCCAAGCCUCACCUCCUGCCGACGGUGGAGGGCAAGGACCCGGGCCUGAAGUACAUCUCCCCUGAGACGCUGGCGGCGGUGCUGACGGGGCACUUCAGCAGCUGCAUCGAGAGCAGCAUCGUCGCGGACUGCCGCUAUCCCUACGAGUACGAGGGGGGCCACGUCAAGGGCGCUGUCAACCUGCCGCUGCAGCGGGACGUGGAGGAAUUGCUGCUGGAGCAGCCCAUCGUGCCCCUGGACGCCAGCAAGAGGGUGAUCGUCAUCUUCCACUGCGAGUUCUCUGUUGAGCGGGGGCCCAAAAUGUGCAAGUUCCUGCGGGAGAGGGAUCGCUGCUGCCACGAGUACCCCCAGCUGCACUACCCCGAGCUGUACGUGUUGAAGGGCGGCUACCGGGAGUUCUUCUUUCAGUUCCCGAGCCACUGCGAGCCCCGGGACUACCGGCCCAUGCGGCACGCCGCGUUCAAGGAGGAGCUGCGCAAGUUCCGCGGGCAGAGGCGGCUCCGCGAGCGCGGCCGACGGGCGCUCUUCAACCGCGGGCGGGACCUGUGAGCGCCCGGGGGUCUCUCAGCCCCGUCGGGGCAGCGCUGGAGCUGGGAACGGGAGGAAGGCUUCCCUUGGCUGCGGAUGCGCCUCGGCUGCUCGGUGGGGUUUGUUGGGAUGGCUUUGGGGUGGUAGUUCUUGUUCAGAGUGGUUUUGCGUUUGUUCGUUGCAAAUAUUUUUGCGUUUGUUCGUUGUUCUAAGUAUUUUUGUGUUUGUUUCCUGUUAAGAAUAGUUUUGUGUUCGUUGUUAUCAAUAUUUCUGAGUUUGUCCGUUGUUAGGAUUGUUUGCUGCAGUCUCUGUUAAUAAAGUCCUAUUGCAGGAGAA